UUAAGAAAGUGAUCAGCUGACAAUACUCCCGUGACUUUUACGUCAUUCAACUAUCCGAUUAUAUUGGCAAACGAUUCGUUAUCAUUAUAUUCAGUGUCUUUGAGAAGGUAUUUCUGUCCUAUCGGAAUUGUUCAUACUGUGAAAUUAUUGUGAGGGUAGUAUUGAUCCGUUUGUGCUCUGUGGUGGAUUUGGCAGCUAUUUUCUCUCUGUGUGUGUGAUCUACCGUUACCUGUUUUCCACUUUGCAAUAAACAAAAUGAAGUUAACGACUAGUUGCAUCUUCUUAAUAUUGUUGAUUACUAGUGGAUUUUGUGAUGAUGCAAUUACCACAUCAAGUCCAACAGAGACUAUUAAUAUGAGUGCAGAGACAGUUACAACUACAACAGAUUCAACUACACAGUCAACAUCUCAACAACCAGAUACAACUCCUAGUACAACUACAAAUCUUCCAACAACUGGUUCAACUGAACCACCUACAACUACCACAACUAUUAAGCCAACUACAACAUCUCAACCCGAUACUACUACACCUUCUCCUAGUCCUACAAUUUUACCACCAUCAACUACAACUAAAUCACCUAAACCACCUACUCCUGUCGAAGGUUCAUGGAAUGUUACAGAAGGUAACCUGACUUGCAUUAGAGCAGAUCUAGAAAUUAGAUUCCAGAUCAUUGUCCAGGAUCGUGUAGAAUAUAUUGCUUUAUCUCCAAAUGCUACUAGUAGUGGAAAUUGCAAGUUAUCGGAUACGACUCAAGAACUGGAAUUAGAAGAUUCGAAUUAUAAAUUAACAAUGAUAUUCGAGAAAGAUUCUACUAACGCAUACCUGCGAAAUAUUACUUUUAACUAUAAUCUACCUGAUGGUUCAGGUCUGGUAUAUAACGAUACCAAGCUCUUCUCUGUUAAGAUUGGUAACUCGUACAUGUGUGACAGUUCAAAUGAUGUAAUCUUCCGAAAUGUAACUAUGGAAGUCUUGCGUAUUCGCAUCCAGGCUUUUGGAAGUAUUGGGAAUAAAGAUUUUGGUAUUGCUGAAAAAUGUGAAGCCGAUAACACUGUUAAUGACAUGGUUCCCAUUGCUGUUGGUAUUGCUCUUCUGGUUUUGGUAGUAGUUGUGCUCAUUGCCUACUUUGUUGGACGCCGAAGAAGUCGUCAAAAGGGUUACCAAUCCGUUUAAGAUUAGUUGGCUAUUAUAAAGUCAAACCUUCUUUUUAAAGAAUCGUACCUACGGUUACAGUUCAAGCAUAGUCUUACUAUGCAACAUUUGGUUUACUGUGAUGAAACUACAUAGAUUUAUUUUCUGGACUUGAAUAUGAAGUGUUAAAUUCCGUAGGGACCAUAAAAUGCUCUCUAAUAGCACUGAAUUGUGUUUCCAAGCUUGAGCUCUAUGUUCAGACUGUUUAUUUGUCUUAGUACUGUUCUUAAAUAUAAAUUUUAAAUCUUGUAAAUAUUUUAAUUCCAAUAGCAAUCCAAGUUUCCUUUUGUUUUUAUCUUGGAAACUAGUAGUAUAACUUUCGAUAUUAAUGUCGAAUACUUGUACAUAAGAAUCAUUAUGCUUGAUGUCUCACUUUGACUUUAUUGUACUUUUUUAACUAAUCAGAUUUAUGCAAUUCCUUGAAUAAAGUUAUUUGUUUAAUUA